AUGUCAUUGUCAAGCAGAUUCGGUUCGAUGUGCAUCUCGUCGACAUCGAAAUCAUUGAUCAGUAGUAGUACUACUGGUAUUAGAUCAUUUCAAUAUAUAAAUAAAUAUGCUGGUGUAGCAUCAUCUUCAUCAUCAUGUCUAUUCAACACCUCAUUUUCAGUCAAUAACAAUAACAGCAGCAAUAAUAUAGAUACAACAUUCAAAAGAACCAUUAUAUCAUUACCACAUGAAAUUUCAUUAAAUAAUCUUAGAGACAAUCCAGGUGCAAAUAAAAAAAAAAUCAGAUUAGGUAGAGGUAUUGGUUCAGGAAAGGGUAAAACUUCAGGUAGAGGUCAUGGUGGUCAAAAAGCAAGAGCCGGACACAAUAUACCAAGAGGAUUCGAAGGUGGUCAAACACCAUUAUUUAAGAGAAUGAGAAAGUAUGGUUUCUCGAAUGCCAGAUUUGCAAGAGUACUCAAUCCAUUGAAUUUAGACAGAUUGUCAAGAUUGAUCGAUGACGGUCUUAUCAAUCCAAACGAGACAAUCACAAUGAAGCAUCUUUACGAUGUUAAUGCUGUCGGUAAAAUUAAAUUUGGUAUCAAGCUAUUGGCAUCGGGUGAAGAAACAUUUAAACAUAAAAUCAAUAUAGAAUUGAGUGAUUUCUCAGAGAAUGCUAGAAAAACAAUUGAGUCAUUGGGUGGUAGUGCAUCGAAUGUCUAUUAUGAUCGUGUCGGUUUGCGAUUCUUGCUCAAGCCAGAGAAGUUUGAUUUCACACCAAAGCGUGCAAGAGUUCCACUCAAAUUGAAAGAGAAAUACCCAAAUCAUCCAACUGGUUAUUUGGGUGCUUACUCAACUGAUGGUUCACCACCCGCUCCAAAAGAAUCAACAACUGAAUCAGCAUAG